AUGACUACUUCGUUGAGUGAUAGCUUCGACAAUGGGGGUAAUCCCUAUUAUUUGCAUCAGUCCGAUAAUCCCGGUGUUGUUUUGGUAACUCAACUGCUAUCCAACGACAACUUUCAUAGUUGGAAACGAUUGAUGGUGCUUGCUCUCUCUGCCAAGAACAAACUCAGAUUUGUUGAUGGUUCCAUUGCAGCUCACGAUCCAUCCAUGGUAGAUCAGUUCAAUGGUUGGACUCGAGCCAAUAAUUUUGUGAAUUCUUGGAUUCUGAAUUCAGUUUCCAAAGAUAUUGUUGCCAGCUUGCUUUAUCACAUAUCAGCGGCAGAGAUGUGGAAAGAUUUGAUUGAUCAUUUUCAACAAUUGAAUGGACCACACUUAUUUCAGUUAAAGAAACGGUUGUGUGAGCUUGUGUAA